AAGAUCACCCAGCCUAGCCCUAGACUCAUGGGAAAUAAUGAGCAGUUGUUGAAAAAGAAAACUAAACAGAAGAUCAUGACAAGUGCAGAUUGGGGAUAUGAUAGCCAAAAUGGUCCUGAUCAAUGGAGCAAGCUGUACCCUAUCGCCAAUGGAAAUAACCAGUCUCCCAUUGACAUUAAAACUAGUGAGGCCAAACAUGACACCUCUCUGAAGCCCAUCAGUGUCUCUUACAAUCCAGCUGGUGCCAAAGAAAUUAUCAACGUGGGACAUUCCUUCCAUGUGAAUUUUGAGGAUGAUAAAUCAGUGCUGAAAGGUGGCCCUCUGUCUGACAGCUAUAGGCUCUGUCAGUUCCAUUUUCACUGGGGCACUACAGAUGCAUAUGGUUCGGAGCACUUAGUGGAUGGAGUCAAGUAUUCUGCAGAGCUUCACGUAGUUCACUGGAAUUCUGCAAAGUACUCCAGUGUGGGUGAAGCUAUCUCGAAGCCUGAUGGGAUGGCAAUUAUUGGUGUUUUGAUGAAGGUUGGUCAGGCCAACCCAAAGCUGCAGAAAGUACUUGAUGCCCUAAAUGAAGUUAAAACUAAGCUGGCACAAUUCCGCAGUCUUCUAUCAAAUGCUGAAGGGAACAAAGCUGCCCCCAUACAGCACAACAACCGAUCACCUCAGCCUCUGAAGGGCAGAGUGGUGAGAGCCUCGUUCUAAUGGGCCCAAGAAGGAGCUCCUUUCAAGGACCCAGCCCUGCUUCUGACAUAACAUAGCUAGAUGAUCAUUUUUAAGAAAUCAACUUAUUUCAAUACUAGCAAGACCGCAUACCUGCACAUCUAUUCUGUAGAAUUAGAAAAACAACAAAUUUAGUUCUCAAUGCAUAAUUCAAAUAAUCUGUAAGCUUCCAAAUAUUGAUCUAUAAGCGUAAGUUCAUGCUUAAAUUCGACUUUAUCUUAUGGAAUUUUGUGGAAUCACAGCUAAAUGAUUUUGUAUCCCUUUUCUUUUAAGCUGAUUCAAUAAAAUAGUUUUAUCUGUU